GGCGGAUCCUUUGUUUGUAAUUAUAACUUAAAAUUGUAUCUAACUACCUAAGUUGUUACCUCUUUACUUAUUUUGUUUCAUUCCUGUUCUUAUACAACUCCUAAAAUGGCAGCCAAAACCACACUCUUCAUGACGCCAGAGGAGUCAGUGCGGAUCCAGAAGACAGUUCAAGAUCGAAUGCAGAAAUGCCAGGAGAGGGCUGGUCAGUCGAGGGAGCGCAGCGAUCCAAGCACUUUAAUCCAACAGGCCACUUCGGUGUCUUUGAUGCAGGACCUUUCGUUCGCAGCCUUUGGACUCGGAACGCUGAAAAAGAGUCAGGAUACCAUGGUAGCGUACGCCGUCGGUCGCCCAUAUUUGCCUUGUACAGCCAACCUGGAGGACUUGCAGCCCAUGAAACUCGCCGAUCUUCGAAUGGAAACGCAUCAUCUUGGGCGCGUGCUCUCCUUGCGCCGCGUUUCCCCAGUGGCCGAGCUUGAGGCUUCCUCUUGGGCAGUUGUGCAAGGAGAAUUGCCUGACGAGGCAGAGAGAAUCGAGAUCUUUCUGCAUAAGUCUAAGCACGGGAAAGAUAUCUUGAAUAUGUCUUCUGAGUUUCUCGUCAAAGAGCCAUACUAUACCUUGAACAACCAGGGGGAAUGUACCAUCAGAGUUGAUCAUCCGUCAGACCUUGUCAUUUCUACUUUGAGCGAUGGUCCAGAGGAGUGGCGACGUAAAACAUUUGGUGAUGUAACACAUGUCGUUAAAUCACCCGGUGAGUACAAGGAACAGGGCAAUGCCGCCCUCCAAAAACAAGACCUCGCGCGGGCCCACGCCCAUUACACCGAAGGACUACAGUCGAUUUCGGAAGAUGCCGAGACAAGAAAAACCUUGGCUCUGAAUCUCUACCGCAACCGGUCUUACGUCAACCUCCUCUUGAAGCGUUUCGACGAGGCAAAAGCCGACGCUCUCUCAUCCCUCACACACAGCGAAGACGAGGAACAGAAGAGUUUGGACGCAAAGGCCUACUACCGUGCCGGCCUCGCGGCAUACGCUCUCGGCGAUUUUAUGGACGCCAAAAGCCACUUUGAAGCACAGGAGAAACUCCAACCCGACAAUGCGUACGCGAAGUUCAACCUGAGGAGAAUCGAAAUGCGGCUUCAGGAAGAAGCGACCGGCCUGUACAAUCUUAAAAAGGCCGUCGGUAGCCUGUCCAAGAACCAAGGACGACCAGACGUCGCGAGCUUCAAUGGCCACACAGAGGUGAGAAGCAGCCCAGGAGCAGGUCGCGGCCUGUUUGCGACGCGUGAUAUCCCGCCAGGCGACAUCGUCAUGUGUGAAAAGGCUUUCUGUGUCGUCUGGGGGUAUGAGCCCGAGGCUUGUUGCACCCUCACGUGCGACGUUCGAGAUGAUGCCACCAUCAGAGUCUUCCCAGCCGGUUUACAAAAGGCAGUUGUUCAGAAGCUCUUGAACAAUCCAUCGCAAGCAGAGAAGGUCUUGGAUCUCUUCGGCGAUUGCACAGGUCUUGGCAACAAGCUGCUCGAGCGCGAUGGUGGUCCCAUAAUCGACACUUUCCAGAUCCACGACAUCAUCCAGCGAAACGCAUUCGGUCUGGGUCAGCAGACUGAAGACGAAGACAUCAGCAACGCCAGCACCGGCCUCUGGAUCCGAGCGUCGUACAUUAACCAUUCCUGCGUCCCUAACACCAAGAAGGAUUACAUCGGCGACCUUAUGAUCCUUCGCGCCACUCACUAUAUCACCGGCGGUGAGGAAAUAACGCACGGCUAUGACGAGUCGAGCGAUUACGAGGCAAGGACUGCUGCACUCCACAAGAACUGGGGCUUCAAGUGCUGGUGUGCACUAUGCGCUGUGGAAGAGGCAGAUGAUCCUGCUGUGCGCAGGCUGCGGCGGGAGCUUGAGGGUAAGGCAAAUGCCUUUGUGGCAGGGGAAAACACACAUGGGGCAAGCAGGUUACUGUUAACUAAGGCCAAGCGACUUCGCCAGUCUUUAAAUGAUACGUACGAUACAGAGAGAUAUAACGGGUUACCUCGGCGGGCGCUUCUCACGAUUGAGCAUUGGCUUCAGCGAUCAACUCGUAGAUAGUUCUUUCCAAUAUAAAGCAGGACUACAACCUCUGACAUCUGCUCAGCAAUUUCUCUCUGAUCUUGUAGCUCUAGCCCCUCAGCUCC